UCUGAGCCUAGCUAAUUACCUCCCCAAGCGCCAAGCCUCCGUUAUAUAAACCCGCCCGCCGGCUGCAUAUACAUCUCACCACCACCAUCGAUCACUGCAACACGAAGCAACUACGGCUAUCUAGUCCCAGUGUUUGCUUGGCAUUUGUGAUCAGCAAUGGCGAUGUUUGCCGUCGCCUUGGUCGCCUCCCUCCUCUUCUCCGUCUCCUCUGCGUUUCCUUGGGGCGGUCAGCUGGACCCCCACUUCUACGACCACUCGUGCCCGCAGGCGCAGCAGAUCGUGGCGUCCAUCGUCGGCAAGGCGCACUACCGUGAACCGCGCAUGGCUGCCUCCCUCCUCCGCCUCCACUUCCACGACUGCUUCGUCAAGGGCUGCGACGCGUCGAUCCUGCUGGACAGCAGCGCGUCCGUAACGAGCGAGAAGCGGUCGAUCCCGAACAAGGACUCGGCGAGAGGGUUCGAGGUGGUGGACGAGAUUAAGGCCGCGCUGGAGGCCGCCUGCCCGCGCACCGUCUCCUGCGCCGACGUCCUCGCCCUCGCCGCCCGCGACUCCACCGUCGUGACCGGAGGACCAGGGUGGAUCGUGCCGCUGGGCAGGAGGGACUCUCUGGGCGCCAGCAUCCAGGGCUCCAACAACGACAUCCCUGCCCCCAACAACACCCUCCCCACCAUCAUCACCAAGUUCAAGCUCCAAGGCCUUGACAUCGUCGACCUCGUCGCCCUCCUCGGUAGCCACACCAUCGGCAACGCACGGUGCACGAGCUUCCGGCAGCGGCUGUACAACCAGACGGGCAACGGCCUCCCGGACUUCACCCUGGACCCGGCGGCGGCGGCGAUACUGCGCCCGGGGUGCCCGCGCUCCGGCGGCGACCAGAACCUCUUCUUCCUGGACCACGUUACGCCCUUCAAGUUCGACAACCAGUACUACAAGAACCUGCUGCUGCGCCAGGGCCUGCUCAGCUCUGACGAGGUGCUGCUCACCGGCAGCCCCGCCACGGCCGGGCUCGUCAAGCUCUACGCCUCCAACCAGGCCAUCUUCUUCCAGCACUUCGCGCGGUCCAUGGUCAAGAUGGGCAACGUCUCGCCGCUCACCGGCGGAAAGGGCGAGAUCAGGAGCAACUGCAGGAGGGUCAACCGCAACUGAUGAAGGAUCCUGUCGUGCGCUAGUGCAGUGGUCUGCUUGAUCAGUGAACCUUUUCAGUCUGAUUGUUUCUGCAGGUUAAUUAUUAUUCGUCGAUUCAAGUAGCCCGUGUGUUUUGCUGCGAUUUCUUGCUUCCAUUUUAAUUUGUAUGUACGACUCGUCCAUGUGUACGUUGUUUCCAAAUGAAAUGAACUGUUGUUUUCCUUUUA